CGUUGGUAUGACGUACGACACGUUCCCUAACCUGAAUAAUCAUCAAAUUUAACAAUUAACAUCUCGUUCCACGAGGUAAAGCGACAUUUUUUCUUCCAGAUUCUUUCAUCUCAUCUUCAAAAACGCGUCGAUUGAGUAUAAGUUUAUCAAUAUUGGAGGGGAGGCCCCCAAACUGUACGAUUAUCGUUAGUGUGUAAAUAAUAUGAUAUUCGGUUCUUUUCAUUCUUUGUAGAUAAAGUACAAAGCUGUGAUGAAAAAUGGUCAAAACGAUGAAAAGAAACCUGUCUGAGUUUGCACAGCGAAAGCGUGUACAAAAGGAUAAAAAGCAUUUGAAUCCAUUUGAAGUGCAUAUCAACAGAGAGAAACAAAAAAUACUUGGCCGAAAAAACAAAAAUGACCGUGGGCUUCCAGGUAUCUCUAAAACAAAGGCUAUCAAAAGGCGCAAACAAAGUCUUCUUCAAGAAUACAAGAUGGAUAACAAGGAUAAUGUCUUCUUGGACAAACGUAUAGGUGAAAAAAACUCUGCCAUGAGUACAGAAGACAAAGCGAUGGCAAGAUUUGCUAUGGAACUUAAGAAGGAACAUAAGAAGAAAAACAUCUAUAAUUUGAACGAUGAUGGAGUACUAACCCACAGAGGUCAGACACUCGAGGAGAUUGAAAAAUUUGAUGAUCCUGGAAGUGAUGACGAGUUUAGCGAUGAAGAUACCAGCGGCAGGUUGGAUAAAAACUUUGUAGAAGGAGCACAUUUUGGAGGAGGAGUAUUGUCGAAACCAGAUUCUGCCUUAUCUAGAAAAGAUUUGAUCGACCAGCUUAUUGCGGAAUCGAAGAAACGUAAAGCUGAGAAACAGAAAAUACGUGAACAAACGAUAGAUCUGACGGAGAAAUUGGAUUCUGAAUGGAGAGAUCUUUUGCCUCUUGUAUCUACUUCCAAGAAACCUGAUGAGGAUGCGGAUAAAACAGCAAGAGCUGAUACUUAUGAUAUAACUGUACAGGAAUUAAAAUUCGAGGCUAGAGGUAAUCCAUCGGAGAAACUAAAGUCGGAAGAAGAGAUUAUUCAAGAAGAGAAAGAGAAAUUAGAAAAGCUUGAAGCAAAUAGAUUAGCGAGAAUGAAGGGAUUUGUGUCUAAUGCAAAUAAUGAAUGUAAACACAGAUCUGCUGAUGACCUUGAUGAUGACUUUUUAGUAGAGACUAUUGUUGAAAAUGCUGAUGAUGAUGAUGACCAUAAUUCAAUGGCCAAUGGUAGCAACAACGCCGACAGUGAAGAAGGCACUGAUGCUGACAAUGAUAAGAAUGAUAAUGAUGCUAUUGGUAAGGAUGAUAACAAUGUUAAUUACUAUAAGCAUGGAGAAAUUUCGCUACAGAGCACUGCCAAUGAGGAAACAAAAAGGAAUACAAAAACUAAGGAGAAUGGUAAUAGAGAACAAGAUAAGACAUGUUCAGAGUUAUCAAAUGUUGAGGGUAAACCUGACAUAGAAUUAAAUAACGAAAAUGUAACAAACAAAGAUUUGAACAGUAAAGAUUCUACAGAUUCUACAGAUAAUUUCUCAGAUAUGAAAGAAUUCGAAUCAUCUAGUGAAGGUGAGAUCGAGGUUAUUGGAAAACAUGUUACAUUCCUGAAUGACUUCACAACAAAUACUAAAGAGACAAAGCAGUCGAAUCUAAUUAGUUCAGAAUCCAUAUUGAAACAGUAUGAAGUAACUAUGUGCACACCGACAUCUUUAUCCGACGAAAAUAAACAGCAGAUUAGAAACGAUCUUCUUAAACGAAAGGAAAUUAUGGAGAAAGCACGAAGAGAACUCCCAUACACAUAUAACGCUCCAGUUGAUUUUGAGGAAUUGGAAAAGUUGUUAGAGGGUCAUUGCCCGGAGUAUCAAUCCAUUAUCGUAGAUCGUAUCAUAAAGUGCAAUCACUGGACAGUAGAUAAUAAAAACAAAGAAAAAUUAUCUAAUUUAUUUGUAUAUUUAUUACAGUAUAUUCAUAAUUGUGCUUCCAUGGAUGAUCCUGAUAAUUUAAGUAAAUGUUUUCAAGUCUUUGAUCGAUUGUGUCCUUAUAUUUACGACUUAGCACAUAUGAAUCCAGAAAAUGCCAAAAUUUGUGUACAAGAAAUAAUUAAGGAAAAACAUAAUGAAUUUGAAGCAAAUAGACGAAAAUAUCCUGAUAUGAGUACGAUUAUAUUCUUUAAACUGGUAUCUCUUCUAUUUCCAACGUCCGACUUCAGACAUCCUGUUGUUACCCCUUGUUUGGUAUUUAUGUCUCAAAUAUUGCUCCAGUGUCGUAUUAAAAAUCGAAGCGAUAUUGCAAGAGGCCUUUUCAUAUGUACCCUUAUCUUAGAGUAUACAACAUUAAGCAAGCGAUUUGCACCAUCUGCGAUAAAUUUUUUACGUGGAAUCGUAUACACAGCGACACCUGAAACGUCGAAAACAAAAAUUAUACCGCCUUUUAAAAGGGCGUGUAAUUUAUUGCAAGUUAAUGAAGAACUGACUGACAUUGAGAUUGAACCAACUGGAGCACAUAUGACUGCACAUGAUUUAAUGCAUGAAGAAUUGAACAACGAAUUCAGACUAAGAGCUCUACUCACCACUGUGAAUCUGAUCAGAGAUUUUAAAAACCAACUGCAAGAAUUAGAAGCGGUGUAUUUAAUAUUUGAACCUAUUUUUAAAUUAUUGAAAGUAAAUAAAUUCAUGGAAUAUCCACGGAAUAUAAGAAAGCACAUAAAAGAACUUUGUAAAGAAAUUAAAAUUUUGCAAAAUAAAAAAUUGAAGCACAUGGUGGUUGAGAAGAAAAGGCCGAAACCUCUAAGGCUGUAUGAGCCAAAGAUAAUAGCAGUAUACGAUGGUAAACAACGUAAACCUAUGUCCAAGGAGAAGGCAGAAAGGGAGAAGCUAUUGCACAAUUAUAAAAAAGAAAUGAAGGGUGCUAUACGUGAGAUUAGAAGAGACAAUGCCUUCUUAGCUAAGAUCCAAAUUUCGCAACAAAUCAAGAACGACGUCGAACGCAAGCGCAAAGUGAAAGCGAUUUUCGGCGAGGCGGCGAUACAACAAAAUGAACUAAAGAAGAUAAAGAGGAAACAUUGAAUGAACAAAGAAAUUUGAUAAUAAAAGUAAUUAUAAAAAUUUUGGGUGUAAAG